UCUGUUGACUAAAAUUUGAAACCUAAUAAGCUUUUAACAAGGUCAACAGUUUUCAUCAACUCGCAGUCGACAAAAAUAAUUAAUAAUCACUACGUGGUCUGAGAAUUGGUGUAAUCAAUCUGUCUUUAUUUAAGAUAAAAGUGUUAGUGUCCGCGAAAAUGAUCUGUACUUUGUUUUUCGCAAUCACAACGUUACAUGAACAUGGAUGACCUAAAAUGCGAAUAUGUAAAGAAAAAAAGAUGCUUCAAAUUGUCUUUAAAAGUGCUUGUUAAAAAAUAUGAUGCAGGUCGGUACAUCGAUUAUCGACAAUCAAACGUAAUAGUACUAUCGUUUAAUAGUUAGUGAGUGUCUCAGCAUCAAAAGUGAAAAUGUGAUGUGUCAAACCGAUUGUUUACUUCACGACGGACAGGUGACGGUGAGCGGAUUGUAGAAGUGGUACGUGAGGGCUGCGGGAGGCGGGCGGUAUGUCGGGCCGUUCGAGUCCCGUAAACGGCGGCUAUGAUGCUGCUGAGCCCGCUAUGAGGCUCUCUGUCCGCAAGGACCUGUUUCCCGAUAUUCAUCUACCUAAAAUAGGUUCCGACUCUGACUCAGAUACGGCACAAGACGAGCUGGAAAACGUUUCUUGUGUUAAAUUAGAGACAGAUUUUGAACAGAGCAUCGACGAUAUUGCUCAUCAAAGGAUGCAGGUCGUCAACGGAGCGCUGCCGUCCCCGACACGGCCUCGCCACAGAAAACAUAAGCAGCACUCCAGACGCCAUACAGAUCAUUCAACUCUUAAUGGAUGUCUUCCUAAAGAGAGAAAAAGGAAAAAAAGUUCUCAUAAUUCUCAUAAAAGGACGCACACCUCUAAUAGUUUAGUGUCUAUGGUGAAAGGUGGUAAAAACUUAAACUUAGUAAGUAGUAGUGAGUGCCAGGGAGAUGAAGAAGCCGAGGAUGAAGAGGAAGAAGAAGAAGAAAGUGAAAGUUCAGAUGAUGAAGUGCUAAAGCGUAGUGUAAAGUUACCGUUAAUUAAUCUGCCACGACAGAGUGGCAAACCUUACAGUCAUGAACUUAGUCAAUUAUCAACAAAAAAGAGUAAGUCAAAGGAAUCUUCAAAGGAACAAAGGACUCAUAUAGUAAUACCUUGUAGUGGUAAACCUCGUUCCAUGUUGGGGCUCUGUAGUUCCCGUAGCAAAAAGAAAUCUAAGAAGUCUGAUUGUACACCCACAUAUCGAAGUCAGAUAGUGGAUACAAAAACUAAAAUAAAGAUUAAGAUUAGAAGGACAAGUGUUCAAGAAAUGGUAACACCUACACCAACUUCCAUAGCGGAUAUUGGGCAAAGAAAAUCGAAAAAGAAGAGAGCAGCAUCACCAAUCGCCAGUGCUAGCUCUGGUGAAGAAUAUGAUCCUUCUAGGGGAGACACUGCGGCUGCUAUGAGCGUUGCUGCGAUAAAACCAAGGCAACCCCGCCCUAAGGCUAAGAAAUCUAACAAUAAUAACUCCAAAACUAUAGAUAAAGCUCAAAAGACUGAGAGAAAUAGAAGUAGCACAACAGUUAGUAAGGAAAAUGGACCUCAAAGUCCAUGGGCAUAUUCUAUGCCUGAGGAGAUUUUAGCAAAAAUAUUUGAAUAUGUUGUUCAGCAAGGCACGCUACCGACUAUCAUUAGAUUGGGUAGAGUUUGUCAAUUAUGGCACAGUGUCAGUUGUAGGCCAGAGCUCUGGAAGAAUGUGGACCUUUCGCAACAUACUGUUGAAAAAUGUAAAACAGACUACAAACUUGUCUGGCUUCUUGAAAAUCGCUUAACACAAUGCCAGAGUUUAAAUAUUGCUCAGUGGAAAGUGUGCAACGUGUCCUGGGUGCUAGCGUGCGUAGUGGACUACUGCCCAGGACUGGUGGAGCUUAGCGUGGCAGGCUGGAGCCGCAUCACGCCCGAGCAACUCUAUGACUUAGUGCAGGGUUUGCCCAAUUUGCAACGCCUCGAUCUCUCUCUAACGUCCGAAACCGGAGGAUCGAGUACCUGUUUGUCGGCGGCAUCGAUGGCUCGUAUUGCGACGAACUUUGGCGUUCGUCUUACGCACCUGACUUUAGCAAAUAACAAGUUCUCUGCAUUACCGCAGAUACUCUCUUCUGUUGCUACCCAUUGCCCUAAUCUGGAAGUACUGGAUAUAUCAGGCGCUUUGGCUACGUCGCAUCCGGCGCCCAUUCCAUUGGAAGCUUUACAGAAAGGUUGCCCUAAAAUGAGAGUCUUCAGAGCAGCCAACGCUCAAUUAGUACUCGCCUCUGCGACAACUUCACAGCAGCUGGAGGCGGGCUGGUCGCAGCUGGAGGAGGUGUCUAUCGCGAGCAGCGCGGCGGCGGAGCGCACGGCGGUGGGCGAGUACCGGCUGGGCGACGACGCGCUGGCGCGGCUGGUGCGCGCCGCCACGCGCCUGCGCCUGCUGGACCUGCGCGGCCUGCAGCGCCUCACGGACUCGGGCCUCGUGCGCGUGCCCGCCUGGGACCUGCAGCACCUCUUCCUGGGAGGUUGCAACGUUUUGCGUCAAACAAACGCGUGCCUCGAACUGAUCUGCGAGAAGUGGUCGCAUAGUCUUCUAGAGUUGGACUUAUCUUGGGCCUCCGCUGCAAAAGUACUACACGAUGCUGUAUCCGCGCUCGCAGAUUCACCAAACAGCAAACUAAGAAUACUCAACUUAUGUGGAUCAUCUGUGUCUUACGAAGCUGUGAAAAAAGUUUUACUGAAAUGUCCUCAUAUAGAAUCUUUAAAUCUCAGUUCAUGUCGAGCUUUACCAAGAGGUAUGAAGCGACUUUAUACCGGACAAGAACUUCAGGACCUCAAAGAUAGCUUAGAUCCAGAAAAAGCAAAACUUAAAGACAGUAAAAGUGACGAAUCCAAAAAGAAAAAAUCGAAAGUAUCCGUUUCUAAAACUGAAGAUGAUGCAAAUAAUGACAUUCCUGAAAGUUCUGGUAACAAAUCAGAAAUUAAAUCUCCAGAAAAGUCUUCCCAGUGUGUGUUUCAAGAGCCAAAAAGUAUAUCUGAUCCUGGUACGAGGGUAUCUGAGAAACGAAUUUCUUCAGAAAUCCAAACAAUGUCUACUUCCAGCGGUAAAGUUUUAGAAAAAACAAAAAAUAAUUUAGAAAAUGUAAUGGAAAAUACGCAAAUUCCAAAAGGCUCAACUACUCCAAAUCUUUCGAGUCCUCUUGCUCAAUCAAAGCCUGAUUCUUCAUGUACUCCUAGGUCAGAUUCUAAGACUGACUUGGGAAGUCCACACUUUAGUCCCGUCCAAAAACCCGAUAGUCAAAUACCUAGUAGUCCCGAUGUUCAACCUGAAUCAAUAAAAAGUAAUCAUUCUUGGAAUUUAGGUCAGUUCAAAGGUACUCCAACCCAUAAGUCUGAAGCAAGUCCACUUAACAGGCUAGAAAGCCAUACCAAGAUUAGACAUAGCAAAGUAAUAGAGCAGUGUAGUCCAACAACUUCUCUAGAAAAUAAACCUAGUCCAGAAACGUUAUCAUUAAAGCAACAAGAUAUAAAAAAUCCUAAUACUUGGAAUUAUGGUAGCUACAGUCCCAUGCCAAGACAGGAAACUCAAUUUUCUUCUCAAAGAAGUCCAUAUUCAGCUCAACCAAGUCCUGCUCAACCAAGUCCAUAUUCUACACAGCCCAGUCCCUAUUCUACACAGCCUAGUCCAUAUUCUUCGCAGCCUAGUCCUUACUCUGCGCAACCAAGUCCAGACACAAGUCAAAUUGUUAAACCAGAUAUGCAAAAAACUGGGGCUUGGAAUACUGGCAAUUAUAGUCCAAUGCCUACUAAACAUCACGCUCCAUUUUCUCCUCAUCCUUCAACUCAUACGAGUCCCGAUGCUGGCCUUGGAAUGAAAAGUGACAGUCUUCGAAAUAAUCCUAAUAAAACCCCAGGUCAAUACAGUCCAAUGUCGCGACAACAACAUCACAGCCCAUAUUCGCCACGACCCAGUGUGGAGAAUAGUUAUAACAAAAAGAGUCCGGGAGUGGGCAAGUAUAGCCCUAUGAUGCGCCCAGACUGCCAUUUGCCAAGUCCUGAUGGCGGUCUUGCGUCAAGACCCCAUUUAAGUGGAAGAACACAGGACGUGUAUGGCCGCUCAGUGCCUAAAGUACCCGAAAUUACUCCAAAUAUCCCACCGCCUGAAAUACCAAAUUCAUGGGGAUUUAAUCAUAUGAGCAAUCCAACCUCUGCAAUGGAGUCCUUAGUAUGGGGUGGAUCUUCGUUCAAUGCGGAGCCAACGCAAUCUCCUCUACAAUCGCGUGUCGACAACAUUCCUACAAUGUUGAACACGCCACCACCGCAGCCAUGGAAUGAAUUAUCACCUUUUGACAGUGCUAUUCGAAGACAUAACGAUGUAAGUGAUCCAUGGACCUUAGGUCAGUUUAGAGUAGAACCGCCUAAUCAAGUACACAACAAUUUUGUGGAGCAAAACAUAAGCUUUGAAUCGUUAAGUGCCCAUAUAGGACAUCAGUCACAUGUGCUACAGAGUUAUCUAGACGAUGGUUUUAAUGAAACUUCACGCGUGGACUGACGAUCCCAAUUGUCUGCACCGUCUUACCCCUCGAACGAAUUUUCAAUUCUCGAUAGGAUCCCUUUCACAAUACCUGUUGAGACUUCUUCACGGAGAAAGUUUGGGUGAUGUAAUUAUAGUUUUGAACAAUUAUUGUUAGUAAUUGUAAAUAAGAUUAUCUAGCUAGUUAUAAGUGUAAGGAAGCUAGAAAUGCAUUCAAAUUAUUUUGCAGCCCAUAGUUUAUGAGAGAUACAGAUUAAUUAUAUUAGUAAUUAGUAAAUACUUCAUUCAAGAUAGAUAUCGUUGUUUUAAAUUACAGCGCUAGGUGCAUAAACAUGUGCUUAGCUGGAAGUAGAGAAUUUAAAAUAGUCAAACUGAAAUAUAUGAUACCUACAUAGCCAAUUAUUACACAACCAUUAUUGUUUUUAAAAAUGAAGUAAUAUUUCUGAUCUGGAAACUCAAGGAAAAUAUUAUUUGUUGUAUUGUUCAUAUCGCCUUAAUAUCUUUAAAGAAUGAAAUGUUUAUUUAAAAACAAUGUAUAUAUAAUGAGUGUUAUAAUACUGGCUAUGGUUAUUUGUUUUUUUGUAUAUAAAUUGGUCUUAUGAAAAGCAAUAACAAUAGAAAUAAAUGAAUCAAAUGUGCAAAUUCGCAGUUAACAAAUUUAAAAAAAAUCAAAUGAGUAUAUAUUAUACAAUAUCAAAUUAAUACCAAAUGUUGAUGUCCUAAAUAGCUCAAUACAUUUAUAUCAUUAAAAAAAAAAAACAAAACGACAUUCCUUUCUAAGCUGAUUUAUAUCUAGAUUCAGAAAAAAUACUAAUCAAUUUUAAAGAUAUAAUAUGAUCAUUGAAACUGAAUGCUUCCUGGUUUUUUCUGAGACCAUACUUUGACAAUGCGUACAUAACGAAUGAUUGGAAAUGCAGCUAUUAUUGAUGCAAUGUUGCUAAUAUGAACAUUUGACAUAUACGGUUAUUAAGUUUUUAUUUAACACUAUCAGUAUCCUAUCGGAUUUGUCAACUGGGAGCAUGUUUUCAAUUUCAAUUAUUUUAAUAAAAUCUACCUUAUGUUCCGUACCUUAAUUAUUAAAAAUGUAUUUCAAAGGUUCGUCGUAUCUAUCCGUGUAACUCGGUGAAUUACCUCAGUUACUAUUGCUUGAUAAAAUUUGCAAUCCUUGUAAUACUGAUCUGCCUGUAAUAUUUUAAAUUAAAAGUUAUAUUUUUGUGACAAUUUUUUAAUGAAUUAUAAUAAUUAUCUUCGCUGUCAAUGUUAAAUCUCAAUAUUGUACGGAACAUCCGGUAAGCGAGUCGACUUCGAACUUCACAUUUUUUUUAUUUCUUAGGCAAUAGUCGGAAUCAAGAUAGAAAAAUAUUGAAUCUAUUUGAUGCAAGUGCAGGUUUUUUAUAUUUUUAUAAACAAUUUGUUAAAAUACGAUAUUAUCAUUUUGUUCUUAUGAUAAGAUCAAGCAGAUUAAAUUUCUAUCUACCAGUAAUCAUCAAUCCAUGUAAUAGAACUAUUUUGAUAAUUAAAUCAAUUGCAUUUAUAAUUUUGACACAAAUAUUUUUUAGAUCAGUUGUAGUCACGCAAUAAUUAAUAUUAUGAACUAUAUCUAAAUUGUUUCACUUGCAAUGAAUCGGUAUGAAAUUAUGUCCCACUCUAACAGUAUGGUUUCUCUUAUUUCAUUUCUCAAAGUAAAAAUAAAGUACAAUAGAUUAUAUAGUAAUUACGUUAAUUAUUUGUCUUGUUUGAUUUUGGUUUUAUUAUUGUAAUAUAAUUUUAUUACAGCAUUUUGUACUGUUUUGUACCUUUUUUUGUACAUAAAAAUGAUAUCAACAAAAAUAAAUCAUGAAAUCUUAUUUGUUUCGAAAGUUUCUAAACAAAUAGUCCAAGGCAUAUAAAAGUAAAUACCAAAUUUGAAAAAAAUAUAUAUGAAAAGGCGAGUACAAAGUGCUUUGUAUAAAUUUUUUAUCAAUUAAGUAUUUCGUGUUGUAUUCAAAGAGAACCGUAAAAUCACCAAAUAUUGUUUCAUUACCUACAUUAGCCUUAUUGAAUGCCUAUAACUGAAGAGAAUAUUUUAUAGUUUUAUUAACUUAUUACAAAUUGGAGAAUAUUAUCUACUAUACAUAGAAUGUAUAAAAUAUAAUAUUAGGUAAAUAUUAAUGUUAAAUAAUCGUGUACUAUAGAAUGUAUAAAAUAAAGUUGACUAAUAUCUGUAAGUUCUGUUAUGUAGAGAUUUUUGUUUGUAAUAUUGUUACAUUACUGCGUGGACUUCACACAAGUGGUCCAAUUUUUAUAAUCUAACCAAUAAAAUAUCGAUGUGGUUGUAUAUUUACAUUUUGAAUAGAUUGUAAUCUAUUUAUUAAAAAUCUU